AUGGCGGUGAUCAACACGGAUAGAAUCAAUGCACCGCAGAGCUUUGUGUCGAGCUACGCACCGCGUAUACGCAACUAUGGCAAUUCUUUGUUGACACCCGUCGCACCGGCGCUGGCCGCACAGCCUAUGCGAACGACCAAGCGAGGGACAACCGCCAUCAACUACGCCGAAGAGUUCGAGGACGAUAGCAUCGACGACUCGGACGGUCCUCGGCGGCAGACGGGCUUGCGAACAGCACAGCAGAAGCGGGAUGUCGAGGCGGACGCUGCAAAGGCGGCGCAGAAAGAGAUCAGGCGAGAGGCGCAUGCGCCGGUGGACGUGCAAGGCAUAUGGCGAGACUGGAUGGGCAAGCCGAAGAGGGCCUUGACGGAGAGGCAGAUGCACGUACAAUCUGCACUACCAACCACACUCGUCCCGAUCAGGAUAGAUCUGGAAGUACCUCCCUUUCGACCUGAAGCUGCCUUGCCUACACCCAACAAUGCCAGGGACUUUGGGAUAGACGAGAACCUGCCGGCAUACAAGGCGCCAGAGCCGACGUCACAAUAUCGGCUCAAGGACAGCUUCAUGUGGAACCUACAUGAAGCGCUCAUGACACCCGAUCAAUUUGCCAAGACUUUCGUGGACGAGCUGGAUUUCCCUGCACUGCGGAAACAGGGGAUGGUAAUAGACAUCUCCAACCAAAUACGACAGCAGCUAGAAGAGCAUGCGGCGACUGCAUUACAUCCACUCUUUCAACCCAGUCCUGCCAAUCCAGCACCCCCUGCGACCGACGAACCCACACCUUCUGCCCGGCCUCCAGUCUCUCGCGAAGACACCGGCACUCCAUUGCAAGCAGGUACUCCAGCCCGCCUUCAGCCACCCAUAAUAAACGGCAACCACCACACCUCAGAUCCUUCAACUCCCAUGCCUAAUGGCACUUCUACACCUGCUCUGGCGGUGACUGCGGAAUCAUUACUACCCGAUGCCUCAUUCUCAAGUGUUCACAAUCCACCCGACACCCACCGAUGUGUCCUCACUUUAUCCAUCAACCUCCAAAACCGGCUGUAUACCGACAAAUUCGAGUGGUCGCUCAUGCAUCCUCCUGGAUUUGCAGAGACUUUCGCGAAGCAGACUUGUGCAGACAUGGGACUGAGUGGCGAAUGGGUGCCCAGCAUGACACACGCCAUCUACGAAGCCAGUCUACGUCUGAAGAAGGAGAUGAUCGACAAUGGUGGGACUCUAGCAGGCGUGGUGGGGAGCGGAGUUGAUGGCUGGGGCUCGAUUGAGAAUGAAGCUUGUGAAUUCCACGGCACAGCAGAAUCCGCUAUCGGAGUUGGAGCGGGCUGGCGAUUUGAUGAAGUGGGGCUCGGCAUGGACUGGGAGCCUAAGAUCGAGGUUCUGAGCAAGGAAGAGAUCGAGAGGCGAGAAGGCGAUCGUGAAAGGCAGCUGAGGAGAGCGCGGAGAGAGACGGCGCGGUUUACGACAACCUACAGCCUGCAAGCGCAGAGCAGUGGGGUCGGCGACUACUUUUCAGGCGGACUAGGAUCGUCGUUCAAUGCCAAUGCUGGUGGAGAAGACGAGCGGAUGGGUCGCGGCGAGCGCUCGAAGAAGAAGCGGCGUUUCAGGAGUCUGUCGCCUGUUGGCAGAGACACCCCAGACAUUGCUGGUUUUGGUGGCACGUCUGGUCAGCUUUCGGACGGCGAGCGGCAGUAUUGGAAGUGCUCCCACUGCCAGAUUUGGGGUUCGGCGGUAUGGGGCGUGAGGGAUGGGCCGGCAGGAGCAAGGACACUCUGCAACAACUGCGGCCUCCUCUACGAACGCAACAAGCGCCUCCCUCCCUGGAACUUCCGCCUCUUCUACCACGAGCGAUCCCAAGCCAGCACCCAACCUCCCCAACCCGCCUACCAAUCCACCGCGCCACGCCAAAUCUCCAGCCUCCAAUCCGACGUCGCCGCCUUCCCCGGAAGCACACCUCCACCCCGUCCCUCUUACCACCACUCUCAAAACAGCAGCACGAGCAUCGCUCCAUCCACUUCUUCCCACAUGUACACGGGAGCCUCCGCAGCCUCCGGUGGCCAAGGCCAAAUCUCCGCCAGCACCAUGGCGGAUAUCGUUAACUACGCCGAGCCCGGGGAGGACCUGGACUGGACUAAAAUUGUGGAGCCGAGGGAAAGGAAGAGGUUGCAGAAUAUCAUCAAUGGGCGCAAGUAUCGCGAGCGCAGACUGGCGGCUGAGGGUCAUGGUGGGAGUGGAGGGAAUUAUCCUGGUGCGGCGGGGAUGGGCAGUUUUCUGAGUCAGGGGUAUGGGCAGCGGCAGAGUAUGAUGCAGGGUGGUCAGCCGGAGAAGUAG